GCGUUUGACAGUGAUGAGGGGUGGUCGUUUGACCGCGGAUCCAUUACGGACGCAGGCAAUGAGGCAGUGCUCGCUGAGAUCCUGGUUGAAGACAGCAGAGGUGUAUUUAUAGGGCAGGUUGGUCAAAAUGAUAUCUAUGACGGUGCACGUGUUUAGGGUUGUACCUGGUAGGUUCCAUGAUAAUUUGUGUGAGAUUGAGGGCAUCAGGCUUAGAUAUCCAUGAGACUAUUACUAAACCUCAGAGACCCACUCUUGAAGGGUAGACUCAUAUUUUUCAUCCAGAGCCCAUUACGAAGCUAAAAUAGUAUGUUACAGUUUUGACUGUGUGAGAGUGAAUAGUCAAAAGUGUCUUUUUGACACAUUAAUGAUUUUGCUAACGAAAUGGGGUUGGAGAAAAGUAUGAUGAGCUGGAUAUUGUGAGUAAGAGGAUGUUAUCUUUUGAGGGAUGAGUUCAACUGUGUUCAAUGGAUAUGUUAUACAGUAUUGUGUGUUUAUUUUUGUGUCUCUAUAGUAUACCUUAUUGCCUGUAUUGAUGUGGGUUAUCAUUCCAUGUACUGUGUCUGGUAAUUUGGAUGUAAUAUCCUGUGCAGUAUAUUGAGAUGUGAGAUUUACAACAGUCAGAAUGACAACCACAUUAAUAUUGAACAAGUAAAGAGGUAUGCUUAGAUAAAACAUCCCAAUCACAGACGGCUGUGAUGUAGCCUGGAUUUUGAACCAGGUACUGCAGUGAUGCUUCUUGUUCUGAGAUGUGGUGUCUUAGACCACUGCACCACUCGGGAGCCCCUUAACUUCCAAUCACGCUGUAAAGUUGAACUUCUGCGACGUGGAUUGAAUAGAGCCCUAUGAACUACUCCAGUUUGGACCUAAACAAAGAUGGAGAAACAGAUGGAUAAAACAAACUUUACUUGCGUGACAAUCUCUCAAAGCCCUAUCAGUGACUUCCUGAUGGGCAUCUACAUCCUGGCCUUCAUCCUGGGCUUGGCCUUUAACCUCUUGACCCUUGGCCCCAUCGUCCAGCAGAUCCGCAGCCAGAACGUCCUUGGGGUAUUCCUGCUCAACCUGUCCCUGUCUGACAUACUCUAUAUCCUCACCAUGCCUCUCUGGAUCAACUACUACCACCAGGACCACCACUGGAGCCUGGGCAGCCUCUCAUGCAGCGUGGCUGGCUUCUUCUACUACUCCAACAUGUACCUUAGCAUCUACCUGCUGUGCUGCAUCUCUGUGGACCGCUGCCUGGCCGUCACCUACCCCCUGAGGACCAAGGCCUUCCGCAGCAUACGCUACGCCUGGGUGUUGUGUCUGGUUGUGUGCGUGGCUGUCAUGUCCGCACACGGCCUGGUGCUGUUCAAGGACAACCUGCAGGACGCCCACGACGACACGCAGGACCGCUGCUACGAGACCUACCCCAUGCCAAAGCCCGUGGCCCUGUUCAACCUGCUGCGGGUGGGCAUCGGCUUCCUGCUGCCCCUGCUGGUGCUGGGGCUCUGUUACUGGAGAAUCCUGGGCCAGGUGAGGCAGAGCGAGGGGCUGGGGGAGCAGGUUAAGAGGAAGGUACGGCUGCUCUCCUUCGGGGUGAUGGGGAUCUUCUCUGUGUGCUUCGCCCCCUACCACCUCCUCCUGCUGACCCGUUCACUGGCCUACUACUAUAUGGGCGAACAGAGGUACUGUGAGUUUGAGGAGAUCAUGCACUUCCCCUUCUCGUGCACGCUGGCCCUGUCCAGCCUCAACAGUGUGGUGGACCCAGUGCUGUAUGUGCUGAUCAGUAACGGGGUGAGGGAGGACAUGAGACUGUGCUGCUGUGGGAAUAGAAACAGUCAAAGGGAGAGAGACAGUUCCGUCAUCGCAGUAACAUGGAAGACACAUACAAACAUGAUCUGAUUACAUACAGUGUUUGUGUGCAGGGUUGGGUGGGUUACUUUCUAAAUGUAAUCAAUUACAGUUACUAGUUACCUGUCUAAAAUUGUAAUCAGUUACGUAACUUUUGAAUUACCCAAACUCCCUUUGUUACUUUUGGAUUACUUUCCCUUUGAGGCAUUAGAAGAAGACGAAAAGGAUCCAUCAAACGCAUUUGUUGUGUCUUCAUAGUGAUCCCUGGCUCGCUCAGGUGGAACAAACGGAUGGUUUUUCAAUACUGAAUUGAAUACCAUUGAGAAAACAUCAUCCUUUCUGAAUUUAAAAAUAAUCUAAGAAGUAAUCAUCUAGUUUUUCAAAAGUAUCUGUAAUCUGAUUACAAUAUUCUUGCUGGUAACGUAACUGGAUACAGUUUGUUUUUAUUGUAAUCAGAUUACAUGUAACUGUGAGCGUGUCUGUUGUGUUUAUGCCCUUCCUUUACAGCAGUAAAUCCCUUCCGUGCACAUUGUAAAAAAAAAGGACAGCAGGUUUGGCUGUGGGACUUCAAUAACAUGUUCUUUCAUAUCAACCCACUUCCAUGGACAAUCAGUCAAUCAGGUUGUCCUUAAAAUGUUCAAAGAAAAGGACUGCAGCCUUUGUGUAGUUUUUCUAAUAUCCUGCUUGGUGAUGAGGAUGGAUAUUCAUUCAUAUGCAUCAUGUUCUUUUUAAUUGGAGAUUUCUCUUAAUGCCUGUCCUCAUUGGUAUGGAAAAUCCUUUCAAAGGCUGUCUGUUCUGGCUUUAUGUUACAGGGUCGUUCCGCUUGAAGGACCCUUGUAUCUCUUCUGGUCUGCCAGAGGUUUUUGUUGAUAUACGCUUGGUUUACAAAUGAACCUUUUAUAUUCUAAUUUGCCUGCUUUGUGGACCGACAAAUGAGAACAUUGUUCAAUUUCGUAUUUAUCCUAAACAAAAUCUAUGUAGUAAACAAUGCUGGUGUUGAAAUCCCAGAAAAUACAGUGCGGGACAAUGAAGACAUGUUGACAAUGUCCAUCCAAUAAACAAAAAAGGAAG